CGUGCAACCGCAUGCGCUUUUCCAAUUUCUCGCAGGAAGUUGUUCUGCAAAAUUCCUCGGAAUUCAUUCGGCGUUCUGCGUGUCUUCCUGCUGGUGGAACUGGCAGCGAGUCGGAAAGUUUAGCGUGCGCGCAAACUGCGAGGUUUUUCUGCCGCGAAAAACCGAAAACUAUUGUUUCGACGGUUGGUGCAAAAACCGGUGUGACAUGAAACUUUCAACCGAAAGGCCGCGGCGGAGGCCCUAAAAAUGAAGCCAACAACGUGAGUGAUGCCCGCAGGACCGCAAGCGAGACAGUAAACGAUGAGUGCGAGCAGCAACGUGACGUUUUGCGACCUAAAACAAUUUAGCAAAGACUUUCGCAGCUACCACAUCUACUUCAGUUUUAUCAUUUGCACGCUCGGAUCCAUCCUGAACGCGUUCAACAUAUUCAUCUUGAGCACCAGGCAAAUGAGAUCGCCGACAAAUCUAAUCCUGACCGCGCUCGCAACAGCUGAUGUGAUUGUGAUGCUGGAGUACAUGCCGUUUGCUUAUUUGCAACACGAGGCCGCCUCUUAUUUCACGUACAAUUUCGCGGCUUUUCUCAUUUUCCAUGCGUUUUUCACCAACGCCUUCCACUUUAUUUCCUGCACGCUGGCCAUCAUUCUGGCGGUGUGGCGUUACAUCGCCGUCAAGUUUCCGCAAAGGAACAUUGCUUGGUGCCACGAGACACGAACUAAAUACACCAUCCUGCUGACGUACAUCUUCUGUGCGUGUGUGUGCGUGCCGCUGCUCGCCUCGAUGAGCAUCAACACCAAAAGUGGCUUCCAAACCGCCAACGGUUCCAUUGCAGUCAACGCCUCGCUGAUCACAAAUUUCACUCAAGUCCGCAACAUCACCAUCUACUACACAGGCUACAGGAACAGCAUCUUCAAAGACAUCAGCUUCUACGUGUACGGGAUCGUGCUCAAACUCAUUCCGUGCAUCCUGCUGGUCAUUCUCUCCACGUUGCUGUUGAUCGAGCUGUUCAACGCCAAGAAGCGCAAGCGAUCGCUGCAUGGCGGCAACAAAGAGACGCGCCUGCUGAAGAAGAAGCAGCACCACAAGCACAUAGAGCAGGAGAAGCAGUUCAACAGGACCACCAAGAUGCUGUUGGCCGUCCUGCUGCUGUUUCUCAUGGCCGAAUUUCCGCCGGCCAUGCUCGGCCUGUUGCUCCAUAUUUUGGGCGAAAAGUUCGCUCUUGAGUGUUAUGGGCCGUUAGGUGAUCUUCUAGACAUUUUCACGCUCACAAUUUCAGCAAUCAAUUUUGUGCUGUACUGUAUCAUGUCUCAGAAGUUCCGGGAGGUUUUCCGGGAACAUUUCGUGCCAUUUCUGCCCUGCGGAAAAGCCGUCAAGACUCAAUGGAUCUCGUUACAAACUGUGAAUACCGUAGUGUAAAGCUGUUGUCAAUAAUUGCUGUUGUUGUUCACCUUGGAUUAUAUGCAAAAUAACCACUCGAUUGAUUACUUAAAUGUAUGGUUUUACGUCUUUUGUAUGAAACAGGUCUGUUAAUAAAGCCGCCCUAAUGCAGUGAGCCCGCAAUAGGCAAA